UACGGGGAUCUACAGUUUUACAAGAACAACCGGCUGCCACUGGCUCACAAAACAAAUCAUCACAAAAUCUUUGCCAGGUCAUCGAUCUUUCAUUUUUCUUUCGAAUCGAAUCUUCUGGCUAGCUAUAGCCACCAACCUCUAUGAACAAGGUUGUCCUCAGUGUUUCCUCUCGCAAUAAAGAGGAAAUGGAAAUCAUUUUUAAAUCGGUCGAGGAGAAACAAUCAAGCCUAUUGUCAUCUUGUUCGAUUGAGUGGACUUCGUGUGAUGGAACGACAGGACGAGGAAGUAGCACCCAAGACGGGUGCUGUCACCACUUUCGGGGCCAACAGAGAUGCCGAUUCGGAACCUGGUGAAGACAUGAAGAUGAAGACGAAUCAAAGUUGCAAGACCAACGUUUCUUCCGUCACGCCCGUGCAGUCACCAAACCUUGCUUUGCGCCAUCCACCAGUGAUGUUGUCCCGUCGUCGAUUGGUCCGAAUGGAUCAUGAUGACGACGACGAUUAUCGGAUGCCUCCACGUGUUCUUUUAUGCCCCGAUCUGAAUGUGAUUUGUGGAAUGAGUGGGAGAGGCGAAACAUUUCUAGAACCGGAACGGCUUUACCUCAAGCGGGAGAGGAACGAUGGUGCCAACUUGACGGGAGAAUUUGAUGAUGGUGAGGAUGAGCAAGCACAAGACGACUGGCGGAAGCAACAAAAGGAGUGCCCAAAGAGGGCAAGAAGAGUUUCAAAUUUCAAUUCGUAACUGGUCAGCGCAAGGAGGUACCAGGUAUGAACAUCGCAACUAAACUGCACAAACAAAAUCAAUAGCCAACUGUGUGGCUUGGAUGGAGCUUGCUAAGUUACUAAAUGUUGGUAUUAGACUAGUAGAACGGGAGGCCAAUACUGGUGUAAUGGACUUCGUCCAUUAGCUUUUGGGUUCGAGUCCGAGCU